AUGCCGAGCGCGUGCUGUCAUCCGCUACCGAUUACCAAUGGCGGCGCCACCCCUCUGCUUCCUUCACGUGAUCUUGACCCAGAUAUGUCAGGCGACUACAAAGUGGUGUCGCAGCCUGAAGGCGUGCGGGGACGGGUGAGCGACGAACCAAACGCAGCAGCCCUACAAGCUCGGGUUGGAAGCCUGACGGAAGCAGCCAGCUAUAGUCCCGCAGGGUACCAUGAGGCGACUGGGUCGCCGGCGCAACUCGCUGAUGAGGGUGGCGCCCAAGAAGUUGUGGCCCCACCCCUCUCUCACGUCUGGGAACGCAUACUAGAGUCGCGCAUUCACACAGAGAGAGCACUACUGGCACGUGCUCAGACUCUUGGAGUGGCGCCCUCUGUAGGAGUGGGAGAAACAGAGGAUGCGGUGUCAUCGGGAGGGGCAGGCGACGCACAGGAAGCGUCCUUCUCUGGAGCGUUCCUCGAGGAAAUGGCGUUGCAGCCGGGCCCGUCCACGCCUCCUCUUCCGCUUGCGCCACAGGUCUGGCCAGAGACGCUUGCAGAGGAUGUCACGGUGGAGAGGCUGACCCCUGCAGAGGCCCCCGUGGCCGAUGCGGGAGUUAUGGAUGUUGAAGCGUCAGAUGGAGCCCCAGAACUUGCUCGUGGACUGUGCUGUUCUGCCUUACUGCCGCAGACUGAGACCGGUCUUCACUUGAUGCAUGAGACUGGAGCAGCAGUGUUCUGGCCUGAGAGUGAUGCGCAUGACUGCCAAGGUCGCAGCCGGGUAUCACAAAAAGAAGAGCCCAAAAACCCGCCGGGAGGAGAAAAAGUACCCGAUCCUGGGCUGCUAAAGCAGCUGCUCGGCGACUUGGCGGACGACGGGAGGUUCACCCCUAUGGGUGAGGAAGCUCAUUGGUGGCCCGUGGAACUGGGAUCGCACUUCGGAUGUGGAGAGGGCACACUCUACUCUGGGUCGGCCGCUUCGUCAGCCGCUAGACCCGCUGCACGCGUUGGGCAAGUGCCCGAGGGCAGUGAAGGUGCGAGCGCUGCUACGGUAUCUGUAUCGGGCCCUUGUACACAGGGCGUCCAUGUGCCGCCUGACGACAAAGGUUCUCCUUCGCCCUGCACUCAGAAUUUGUCCCCUGUAAGCCACAGGGUGGGUGCCGCAGCGGAGACAGUCUCGCAGACGCCUACGGGAAUUCCCAUGAUACGCACAGGAGAAGAACCUACCCAGCAUGCAGUGCGUGGGCGAGCGAGGUGGGAAACAUGGCAAUCAGGCCGGGAGGUACGCCGUGGGCAGACGACGCAGGCGAAGCCAGGUGCCACACCGGUGCAAGGCCAGAGCACAUACAACGUCAGGGUGGACCCGAAGCACUACUGA